UGGCAAAGGAAAGAUGAGAGUUGAAAAUCCAUGCCCUUACUGGGAAGACAUGGAGCGCUAUGGACACAGUCUACGCGAGCCUAGUAGGUAUAUCAACUAACGAGAUAAACAUUUCUCCUUUUACAAAACGAGCGCUUUGAGAAACUGAGAGGAAAAGAGGAAAAGGUGUGCCAAGUUGAGGAUGGAGUGUGCUUUUGACGCACAGAACCUGAUCUCCAUUUCUUUGAGGAAAAUCCAAAGCUCCAGGACGCAGAGAGGCGGCAUCAAGCUCCACAAGAACUUGCUGGUAACAUACGUCCUCAGAAACGCCAGGCAGUUUUACAUGAGCAAAAACUCGUUGCAGACGCACAGAACACCCCCAUACGAGGAUGCGGCGGCGGUCCGUGGGAGGCAAGAGUACCUCGAACUGACCGGCAGCUUCACGGAGUUGGCUGAUGACUUCUACUGCAACUUUACAGGCGUGGAGUCGGACAGCUGGCACUGCGGAGCGCACCAAUCCAGCGCACUGCCUACGGGGCUGGCGCACCAAGACGCCUCUGCCUGCGCAAUGGUUUCUCCAAGUGACUCUGAGCUCAUGGUUUCGGAAGCCUGCUGGAGCUGCGCGGACAAAUCUUCCUGGGAGUUACCCAUCCCAAACGCACAAGCCAACCAAAAGACUGUCCUGGACUUGGACACGCAUGUGGUGACAACUGUGACGAACGGAUACUUCCACUCAGACUGUUGCGCGCAGCCGAAACACCCGCAGGCGGGCGCGCAGUGCUACAGCAGAAAGCGAAAGCUGGACACAAGUUAUUGUAUUGUUGACCCGGAGUUUUAUUUGCCGGACUUUGUGCCUGUGCCGUGUAAGAGGAUGAGGAGCGAAGAGGAGGACGAGUUACAGUCGGACUCGGAACAGCUGGACGGCGCGAACAUCUCCAACCUGAUCUCGGUUCUGGGAUCAGGUGGGCUAUCUGAGUUUGUGAGUUGGCAGCACAUGGACCUUGAGCAGAUAUUCGGCUCCCAGACAAUUUGUUUAAAACACACACUGUUGGCAGGCAGUGGCUGGACCAGAGCAAUCGAAGCAUUUUGAUUUAUGUGAUUGUUGUUUUGUUUGUUUUUUUUGUCCUUGUAUGCUUUGACUUCGUUAUUUUUCAAAUAAACCAUGGCACCACUGCAAUCUCCACUCUCUCUGUGCUGUUAUUGAAGAAUACCGCUGAAAUGUGACUUAAUCACAUCCACCUCCGGUUACUGUUGCACGUUGACUUUGUUCAUGCCGAUUUUGACCAUUACUGCAAUUAGAGAUUAAGCGCAUUUUCUUGUGAUGCCCUUAGAAUAGAGCAUACUGGAGUCUGUCUUUGGAUUGUAUUUCCUGAGGAAACGGGUCAGCGCUGUUUCUGUGAAAAGGUGUUGGAAGAGCGCCAUCAUGUGGCCAGGGAUGAUUUGUACAGCAUCAUGCACCAGCAUAACGCAGGAUAUCAUUCUGUAAAUAUAUUAUUUAUAUCAAGACCUUUUUUUAAAAUAAAUAAAGUUGACACUA